GUGUCUAUUUAUAGCUACUUCAACGACAACCAGUACCCAGACGAGGCCAAAAGGGAGGAGAUCGCAAAUGCCUGCAACGCUGUGAUUCAGAAACCAGGUAAAAAGCUGUCUGAUCUGGAGAGGGUCACCUCCCUGAAAGUUUACAACUGGUUCGCCAACCGCCGCAAAGAGAUCAAGAGACGAGCCAACAUUGAAGCCACAAUCCUGGAGAGUCACGGCAUCGACGUCCAGAGUCCAGGAGGACACUCCAACAGCGACGACAUCGAUGGCAACGACUUCUCUGAGCAGGCCUGUGACCUGCCCUAUUUCGACAAGAGACCUCUGAGCCGACCCUUUGGCCUUUACCGACUGGAGCCCACCUCACCCACCCAGGAGGACCCUGCGUCCCACAGUGAACACCAGGACCCCAUCUCUCUGGCCGUGGAGAUGGCAGCCGUCAACCACACCAUCCUAGCCCUGUCCAGAACCGGAGGGGUCCCCGGAGACAUCAAGACCGAGUCCCUGGAGGAUGAAUGAACCGCGCCGGAAGCGGGACAACGGGGGGUGGGGGGUGAGGGGGGGUCAGGUCAAAGGAUGACCCAGAAGUCCACCAAGAGAGACGAAGACGGGGACAGAGACCAAGGAUAAACCAGAUGGAACCCAGAGACCAAAAGAAUUCUACUUAGUAAACGUUGUGCGUCUGCCCCAACACCCCCCCCCCCCCCCCCAUAAAGCCCAUGUAAACAAUCAUUGCCCCCGCCCCCCCUCCCCCUUUAACCCUAUUCCUGUCCGUUAUACUGACCCUGUGGCAGAAAUGGGUCACUGUAUGUCCACUGAUCUGUGUGAAAAUGGAAAAAAGACAGAAAGACAGAUGGGGGGGCAGUCCAAGCCUUUACCCCAGGAACACCCCCCCCCCCCCCUCCUCCUCCUCCUCCUGCAGGAUACCUCCCCCCCCCCCACCCUGGUCGUCUGAGCCGAUCCUCAGUCUAACUCACGUCAACCUCAACCUCACAACAAUAUGUUCUGUAUAUAUAUAUAAUUUAUAUAAUUUAUAUAUAUAUGGUUCUAAUGGUUCUCAGUCACACUUAGCUCAUGGUGUGAAACCUACCUACGUACCCCCCCCCCUUUUAUUGUGCAAUUCAUGGCCUCUGGCCUGGGGCAGAUGGAUGGAGGCUCUGCCCCCCCCCCCCCCC